AUGGAGGUGGUGGUGGUGGCGGCAAUGGUGAUAAUGGAGGAGGAGGAGGAGGCGGCGGCGGUAACUCGUCAUCUUUGCUCUUCUUCGUCGCCCUGGGAUUCGGCGUCGUCUUCACCAACCUCUGGUGAGUCUUGCGCUCGAUGAGAUGGCGAGUUCACCCUCGGCCGUCACCCGCUGACACUGGGUAGGAUCAUCGUUGGCGUCAAGUAUUGCUUCAGGUAUAAUGCGCGGGCUCGUCAAAUGCGAAACGAAGAAGGCGAGCCGAUCAACAUGGAGAACAUGCCCCGCCCGUAUCGUCGCCGGAGGGAAAAGAAGUUGAUGCCCAUAGACGAGGUCAACGAGAAGUUUCCGAUGCUCAAAUACAAGACCUGGGUUGCCAGCCGCGCACAAGAAGGAUUGCCGACCCUAGGUGGUGUCUCAUCCCCCCAAAGCCGGCCCAAUAGCAUCCGUGAUGCGGACGGCGUCGCCCAGGAGUUGCCAUCAAAAGAGCGCGCGUCAACAGACGACCGGCCAACGACGAGCGCUACAGCCACCGGGACCACAACGGAACCCGCGGCCGACCCCGCGCCGGAAACCGCAGAGAAGCCCGAAGCCCGGGGUCCACGGCAUGUGCCCAAGGAGAGUACUUCGAGUACAGUUGGUGGGCUUAAUCGGACAUCUACGGAUUCUAAUUGUGAGCCGGAGAGUGCCGCGGGCAAGAACCAUGAGAGCCGGGCCUCACAUGAAGAGGAAGAGGAAGACGAACAUAUCGAUGCUGCUCUCCCGCCAGAGUGCGUCGGGACGUCGGGCGAUACGUGCGCCAUCUGCAUCGAUACGCUAGAGGAUGACGACGAUGUGCGCGGUUUGACCUGCGGACAUGCUUUUCAUGCUGUCUGCAUCGACCCAUGGCUUACCACGAGGAGGGCGUGUUGUCCGCUGUGCAAGGCUGACUACUACACUCCCAAACCUCGCCCUCCAGCCGCCGAAACAGGGGAGGGUACGCCAGCCGUUAUCCAGGUCACGCUCCCUGACAAUACUCGGAGCGACCGGAUGAACCUUCCAGGGAGACCGCGACCAGCCUUCUUCAGCUUUGGGCGGAUGGAUCGUUCGGCAGCGAGCAGCUCUCGGGCGAGAGACCCGAGCGGUUCUGCCGCUCCCGGCGGUCGGAGGUCAAGGUCAAGCCCCGCAACUCCAUCACCAGACCAAGCGCCGACUGGCGGUCUGCUCUCCGGCCUGAGGAGCGCAAUGCCAGUAUUCCGGUUUGGCCGGGGUCAAAACAACCAGACGGAAUCGGACCCCGCAAUGCCCGGCAAUAACACAGCCACCACGCCGUCGCAGCUUGAAGCAGGCGUUCGGAACACACAAAGUUAGCACGGUCUGGGCGACGCCGAUGCUGCAUCGCGAGCAAAGAUGACACCGGAAUAUCUUCGACGGCCAUUUUGAAAGCGCACUAUCGACCACAUCAUAUCGUGGGGAUGCGAUCUACUCCGGUCUAAUUUUUUCCUCGCCGAUAUAUAACGUCUUCAUUUUUUGAGGCUACAUCAAUACUGCCGAUACCGUCAGCACAUUAUAGCCACCUGCGCACCGCUCGAGGCACUGGUGAGCAUGUCGCACAUACGCUAUCUUAUUAUACGAAUCCUGACCGCCGUCGACGGUCCGAUAUCUCAGCGCACAGCCUUUGGCUAGCCGCAGACCGUCGUUGAAGUCUCAACUAUUCUCCCUGAUCGUGCCGUUCAUUUCGCACACAUGUCAUCAGUCUUUGACCUUUGCAUAGCACACAGGUUUCAUGGGAUCCGGAGGACGCUCUCCUCAUCUGUAGUAUGGAGUUAUUGGAACGGGUGGGUGGACGGGUGGUAUGCUUGAUUUGCUUGGAAGUAUGGAUGCGGGUUAGCAAAUGGGGGAAAAAGGGGGGGAACUUGGGUAUCGACUGGCGGUAGUU